GGUCAUAUCUCUCACACUUCUGAAGGGCUCAAAGCUUCCAGGAAGUACAUGCAGUAAAACUCAUCUGCUUCAGGGAGCAUCUGCUCAGAAGCGCAUGGGAUGUCAGGGGCGACAGGCCUCUCUGGGUUUUGCCGUUCCCCUCCAUCAUGAUCAACACCUACCAGACCAGCGUGGCGCUGCCUCAGGCGCCUCCACCAGUGCCUCCUCGCCUUGGCAGAUCUCAGCCGGUCCUCAUCCCAGCUCCUCUUCCUUCACCAGGCCAAAGCAAAAGUCUUCUGCGCUUUUUGGUUUGUGUGGUGGUGCUGCAAUUGUUCCUAUCUGUUGUAGGAUUUUUUUAUCUUUACUACAAUGAAAGACAAAUUUCACAAGCAACCUACUCCUCGCCACAAGGAAGAGUUGGUGCUCCCCCCAUUGGAAAACAAGAAACAACCUACAGAGCCCUAGCAUCCAUGGUAGUGAAGAAUUCAUCCACUCUAUAUGGGGAUCGAUCUGGUUAUAUCGAGUGGGACAUGCAGCACUCAGUUUUUAAGAACAUCAACUACUUCCACAACAGCUGGCUGACUAUCCUUGAGCCUGGCAUCUACUUUGUCUACUCCAAGGUGACAUUCUCCAAGGGAAGCUCCAUCACCCCGCUGGUCAGCUUGGUCAAGCUGAGGAAGAGCGAGGAGGAAGAGGAGAAAUCAGUGAUGAUCGCCUACUGCAGCCUCAACAACGAUAUGAAAUCUGGGUCCAACCCUCAUAUGUGCACAGCCACACAGCAGGACAUGAUUGAGCUGGAAAGAGGAAACCAGCUCAGCAUCUGGGUGGAGGACCGCUCACUUGUGGACUAUGAUAUCUCUGCAAUAAGCUUUGGGAUGUAUAAGGUGUAGGACCCACAAUGCACCAGGACUCCAAAAGAGGGAUCUGCGACUAUGGAUGGGAUAUAGAUACUAAGAAUACUCAAAGGAGUGGAUCAACGUACCUGUUUUGUGACAUAGACACAUUUACAAACUAUAAUUUAUUAAAUAUAUUGUGUCCUUAUUUUUGUCAAUGAUUACUUUUUAUUUAUUUAUGUAAGAUGAAUUAUAUUUAAAAUAUUUUUGUAUACAAUCUAAAAUAAUCUGUUUGGCUUUUGUUUUUUUGUCCAUUUCAAGAAUCAACAUCCUUGCGGUUUAAAUUUAGGAUUGCAGUUACAGCGGGCUCUGGUAGAAUAUUUCUUCAGAAGAAAACUGAGCAUUUGAGAGUGAAAAAAACCAACAGUUUUUAAUGACACAAAGCAGAUAAACUGCUUCCUCUUGCUCAGAAUGAACCACUGUGGUUUUGAUUUUCUAGGGCAGCCAACAAAAACCAAAAAUGCCCUAAAGAUGGAAAGCAUCUCUAGAAAUCUAAUGAGGCCAUCUUUGUUUGUCAUUGGGUAAUAUUUUCCCAUUAAUCGGCAACUUCAUUUAGGUUUACCAAUUUAUUCUUUGACUUUCUAAAACAGAGAAGAACCACGUGGGAAAAACAUAAAAAAACAGCCUGGUAGUUUUUCCUGCUGAAGGGUUUGCUGGAUGGCAGCAGUUCAUGGAGAUGAUGUGAAAAGCUUCUGAGACUAUUCAGACAUCUGUUCAAGGAGCAGCUCUGAAGCAGAUCCAGGAAACUUUAGAGACCCUUGUCUUGUCUGUGAUACCGCAUCAUUGCCCUUAAAUGUUUUAAUUCCUCCUUUGGUUU